GACUCCUCAGACAUGCAUCGUCUGUGACCAGUAGCCGGAUGGAAUCUAAAGACAAUCAAAUUGCCCUCGACGUACCAACAGACAAAAUGGCGGCGGAUCCUCUUCCGGUGUGCUGGCGAUCAACACUCCCUUGUCCUCCUUCCGGAAAAAUUGACCAAUCAUUGCAGUGCAAAGCGUGGUACAGAUGUGAAACCGCAGGGGAUUACGUCAUCCGGUGGCGCUGUCAAUCAUUCGAAGAAGGAGGAGUUAAUGCAACUGACUCCUCCUUCCAGUUAUGUGACGAGCCAAUGCUUAGCACAAAUGGCACGCCAUGCCCGCCCCCAGCUGUGUGUGCUGGAGACUACAAGGCCCAGCCCAUGGGGGACGCACACGAAGACACCAGCACAGACUUCAUUCUGGUCAUUGCAGUCGCUGCCUUUGCCCUGGUGGCCCUACUCCUGAUCGUUGUGUCCACCUACAAGUAUUGGUCACUCAGGAAAAGACUCCGCCAUCGAAUGCAUUCGAGAUACCCGGGUCUCCGCCAGUUCCCAUACCCGCUGCGCUACCACAGCUUAUGGGGCACAGGCCUGUAUGCUUACGACUAUGCCAGACCCCAACAUAGCACCAGAGCCUAUGGGAAUCCAUACACAGAUGUUUACGUCACGCGACCAUACGAGGCCUCCACCACGUACCAAGAGCAGCAUCUACUGACGUCAUCGGACGACUCCGUGGACAACAGAUUCGGCGACUUCUCGCACCAUUCCCCUGGUCGUGGCGGGCAAUUAACCGACGGUAAACUCAGGGUUGACCCUUCAAUCAUCACGGGCAGUUUCGUUUUCCACCCUCCUCUUGGCAAGAGCGAAAAGUCGGCGUAUGGGGACAUUCCCAGCAGCAAGGAUCACGGAAACUUCGGGAAAUCACGAUCUCACACUCCCAACACGAAGAAAAGUGAAUUCGAGAAGGGACGAAAAGGCGAAUACGAAAAGGGGCGAAAAGGCGUUUCGGGGUAUCAUUUCUACAAAGGGAAACCGUCCCCUCCCAGCGGACAGUACAAUGGACAUAACUACAGGUCUGGCGUAAGUUCCCACGGCGCCUCGCAUAUAUACGACCGUCACAUAUCUCCUGAUAACGACGCUAACGUUGAUGUGUCACGUGUUCAACACAUCUCUUCUAUACCCAUCCCUUCUUACGACACCAAUGGAUUCUAUAACAAGUCCAGUUCCAGAGUAGGCACCCCGCACCACGUUCACGAUCAGCAGCAUUCGUAUAGAAAGGAUUCAAGUACCCAGCCUUCUGAAGAAGAUAGUAUGGACGGAAGCAGGACUGCGCACAGCUCUAAAGAUCACAUCUCACCCUACGCCUUUGGGUUGAUAGGCCAUAGCAAGAGCCCUCAUUGCGCUAGCGGAAACAAGCACUACAAUAUAAUGACGUCGGAGUCGAGAAGCAGUCACAAAGGACACGCCCAGCAAAGCAGUGGAAACAGCAAGCAACAACAGCAACAACAACAGCAACAACAACAGCAGCAACAGCAGCAGCAGCAACAGCAGCAGCAGAAGCACUAUUACCACAAUCAUCACGCUACUCAUGUCCAGCAGGAGUCCCAAGCAUUUCAACAUCAGCAUCAGUACCAACGUCAUGUUAACGGUAGUUCCGGCUACCAUCACCACCAACAUCAACGACAACAACAGCAACAACAACAACAACAAUAUCAACAGCAAAAACAGCACCAUUACAGCAGCAGCAGCAACAACAACAGCCACAGCAAUACCAGUCACCAUCCUGAUGUCAUCAACGGCCACAAUUUCUCCAGUCGUUACUCUCAUCAACACUACGGGAAAGGAGGAGGCAUCUUUCGAACGCACGCCUCGGCAGCGAGUCCCUCGGCUCCGGAACGGAGCCAUGACGUCACCACAUGCACAGACAGCUCUGUCAACAACAACGACACCCAUAAGAACAAUCUGGAGAUCAGCUAUGAUAGUUUCCGAAACGAACAUCUCCGAGAGGUGGCCAAGCGUGGAGCUGCCUCGAGCAGUACGCUAGAUGCUGGCUUUCGGAACAUGAUCCCGGCUGAGGUCACCAGUGCUUCUCACAAGUUUUAACACCACAAGUAUUUUGCUGCUUUGUCAUGCUCAAUGUUACCCUUUGUUUUGUGUCCUUUCUUUCUUCUUUUAUUUACUCUGGUUUCUUUAUUUUCUCUUCCAUUGUUUGUUUGUUUGCUUAAUUGUUUUUGUUGUUUGUUUAAUUAGGUUGACCUUGCUCUUUCUUCGUUCGAUUACUCUAAAAGUAUGUUUUAAUAAAAUAUUGUAUUUAUGUAUUUUUAAGGGCACACUGCG